GGCCCACCCUGUAUUAAAUGUUUAUUUUUUCUGAGCUUGAACCGUGGCAUUGAUGCUGUCGUAUUCAACUUGCAUCGGAUUUAUGGGCCAAAAAGGAUGGCUAUGAUGAUGGCAGGUUUUGAACUGCUGGCGACCUUCCGGGACGAAUCUCCUGUGCCAGUUCCACUGACAGCAAGCCACUUCAACCUGGGUUGCGAUGGUUUGAAGCAAGAUCUGUUCGUUUUGAGGAAACUUUGA